AUGGCUGAAAUUAGACUUACAAGGGUAGAACAAGGCCAAACCAAGAUUAGAAAUGUCCCAAUUGCAGUGACACCAGAAGGUUUCUGGUGUUGCCCUUCUCCUGUUGUGUUUCAAAAGACCCUCAAAGCUCAAAAUUCCCUACACAAACCCAAGCCCUCAUCACCCCCACCACCACCACCCAAGACAACAGCUCAGAGGAAACAAACACCACUUAGUGAAAAAAAGCUAGCCUUUACCCCAUCGAGAUCAGGGAGUAUUAAUGAUGGUCAACGAGCUUUUGGUCCUGAGGCGCCUGAUGCACCCACGGUGAGUGCAUCUCUGGUUCCCGAGAGAGUCCCGAGGCCCAAAGUUGAAAAUUUGCCAAGGAAAGUUGCAAUUGAGUUUGGUGAACCUGGAACUAGUGAUAUGAAGGUGGUUCUACUUGGAAAGCAAGGAUUUUGUGUUAAGUUGAGCGUUCACAAGAAUGUUCUAGUGGAGCAUAGCAACUUUUUUGCCGAAAAGCUUUCUGAACAACAGUCUGGUUCAUCCUGUCUUGAAAUCGAAGAAUGUGAUGAUGUUGAAAUAUAUGUUGAAACCGUUGGAUUGAUGUAUUGCAAAGACAUGAGGCAACGGCUGAUGAAACAGAGUGUCUCUCGUGUACUCCGUAUUCUGAAGAUUGCAGAACUUCUUGCCUUCAACUCGUGCAUGCAGUCAUGUUUAGAAUACUUGGAAGCAGUCCCAUGGGUUGGGGAUGAAGAAGAAGAAAAAGUAGUCUCCUCAGUCUUGCGACUCCAGAGUGAGGGUAUUGGGGUCACUCCAGUAUUGAAACGAGUCUCCUCCGACAUUUCUAAACCCCCUAAGGACACACUUUCCCACAUAAUUGAACUUGUUCUCGCAAGCAAUGAGGAGAGAGGCAGGCGUGAAAUGAAAUCCGUUGUGCUGAAGCUCCUUAAGGAGAACAACAGUGCCUCAAGCUCUACAGGUUCAGCUGAUGUCUGCCAUGAAACACUGUAUAACUCAUGCAGAAACUGUUUGAACUUGCUUUUGUCCCUGUUCAAGCAGGCUACAGAACCAGAGUGUGCUGAUAAACCGGUCAACAACAAAGAACCUGUGGUGAAGCAAAUAGCUUUGGCUUCUGAUAACCUCUCAUGGUUGCUUGAGAUUUUGGCUGACAAACAAGCAGCAGACGAAUUUGGAGUAAUGUGGGCUAGCCAGCAAGAAUUGGCAUCCUUGCAUACAAAGCUGCCUAUUGUGUCUCGUUACCAUGUUAGCUGCAUUACGGCAAGGCUGUUUGUUGGCAUUGGUAGAGGGGAGCUGCUGCCAUCUAAGGAUACCCGCCAACUGUUGUUACAAACCUGGUUACAGCCAUUGAUCAAUGACUACAAUUGGCUGCAACAUGGGUGCCGGUCAUUUGACCGGAAGGUUGUGGAAGAAGGAAUUGGUAGGACAAUCCUCACUCUGCCUCUAGAGGACCAGCAAAGUAUUUUGCUGUCUUGGUUGGGCAGUUUUCUGAAGGCUGGUGAUAGCUGCCCAAAUCUUCAGAGGGCCUUUGAAGUUUGGUGGCGGAGAACUUUCGUUAGACCCUAUGUGGAAGAGCAAGGCAGUUCACUUCAGUCAGAUAGCUCAAUGACAUCAUAG